UACUCUUGGACAAUUAAAUGUUUUAUAUAACACUGAUACAAAGUUUAUUAUCAAUAUAAGAGUUUAAGAGUAUUUUUUUUACAAUCACGAUAUUCACAACGGCGUGAUUGUAUUUUGUUCAAUCACAUCGUCAACAAUGGCAUCAUUGACAAUCUUGUGCAACGGAGUUAAACGGCGAUCCUCGACCUCAACCUCGACCUAUUCUGCUGCUUGGAGUAUUAGUCAGUGUGUCUUGUCGCCAUCCUCACUAAGCUGUUCUUCUUCAGGUGCCCUCUCCAAGGGCUGCUUCCGCGUGCGUCUUUAAGGGUUGUCUUCGAUUAUUCUGAUCUGGAAUCUUGGACUGCCUUUCUGAGUUCUCUUGCCUUGCCUUCCUGAGAUCUCUUGCCUUUUGCUGUCCAGGUGUUCCUAAUGUGGUGACUUUGGUGUUCGGAUUCGAAUUUUUUUUUAUGAAUUCAACUUUUGGGGUGCGACUUCAAGAUCUUAGUGUUCGUUGUUGGGCUCUCUGCCUUUUGCUGUCCAGGUGUGGUGACUUUUGUUCCUAGUUAUUGGGGAUCUUUUCUAUCUUUUGGUGAUGGCUUGCCGUGAGGUGGAGUGAAUUCUCUCAAGGCUAAGGCGUGAGGUGGAGGAGCAGUUGCAGAACUUGAUGAAUAACAAGAAAAUCAAGACGAAAGUAACGAGAAUAAAACUUUUGUGAAAUGGCUGAGAUUGCUGUUCCAAUUGUUGUAGAGGAAGUGGGUGCUCCUGUUGCAAGUUGGAUUAAACGUCAAAUCAGUUAUGUGUUCAACCUCAAAAGGCAUGUUGAUAAUUUUAAUAAUCAACUCCAUAAUUUGAAACUUAAGAGAGAGAGAAUCGAGCAUGCUAUUGAUGAUGCAACUAGGAGAAAAAUGGAGGUGAUUGAAAAGGACGUUGAAGACUGGCUGCAGCAAGUGACAAUAAUUAAUGAGAAUGCAGAACGUUUUUUGGAGAAAACAGGGAGGGCAAAGAAGGGGUGUUUCUUUGGGUUAUGUCCUAAUGUGAAGGCAAGGUACCAUCUUAGUAAGAAAGCCGAGGACGUAUCAAAGGCCGCAGCUGAUCUUCUGUUGGCAGGGCAGUUUACUAGUGUUUCAUAUCGUCCUGCUCCACAAGGAAUACGUUUUGCUACCAUCAAUGAUUAUGAGACCUUCGAAUCAAGAGCAUGCCAUUUGGAAGAAAUUAUGAAGGCCUUAAAAGAUCCUAAUGUCAACAUGAUUGGUGUUUGGGGUAUGGGUGGUGUGGGCAAAACUACUCUUGUGAAGAAAGCUGCUGAACAAGCCAAUGCAGAUAGGGUUUUUGAUGUGGUGAUUUUAUCGGAGGUAUCUUUAAAUCAAGAUUUGAGAAGGAUUCAAGGGGAAAUUGCAGAAGCAUUAGGCUUCAAAUUUGAGGCGGAGACAAUUUCAGGGAGAUCCAACCAAUUACGUGAACGUUUGCUGAAAGAAACAAAAAUUCUAGUGAUUCUUGAUAAUAUUUGGGCAAGGCUUGAUCUGGGAGUGUUAGGAAUACCUUUAGGGAAUGACCACAAAGGAUGCAAAAUAUUGAUGACAUCUAGAUAUGAGUAUGUAUUAACCGAUAUGGGUAAUAAUAGUUGGAACAUUAGGGUUGAUACAUUAGAUGAUGGGGAGGCUUGGAAUUUAUUUGAAAAAAUGGCAGGGGACAUCGUGAAAGUUUGCAAUUUUCAACCUCUCGCCAUUGAAAUAGCUAAAAGAUGUGCAGGUUUGCCAAUUUUGAUUGUCACAGUUGCAAGCGCUCUAAGAAGUAGAAAUGAUUUAUAUGCUUGGAAAGAAGCCUUACAACAGUUAGAAAAGUUUGGAAAUGAUGAAUUUGAUGCACGAGUGUAUUCAGCUCUAGAGUUAAGUUACAAACACUUGCAAAGUGAAGUGAUCAAACAGUUGUUCUUGCUUUGUGGUCUACUGAUAAACAAUGAUUAUGCUAUCGAGGGUUUGUUGAACUACUGCACGAGCCUUGAUUCUUUCAAAGAUAUUGAUCAAUUGGAAGAUAGGAGAAACAAGUUGCAUAAAUUGGUGAUAGACCUCAAAUCCUCAUGUUUGUUAUCAGAUGGUGAAAAAAAUGGUUACAUCAAAAUGCAUGAUGUGGUUCGCAAGUUUGCUGUGUCAUUUGCACGCGAAAAACAUAAUAUGUUCAUGGGAGAAUAUGAUGGUGAAUUGGAAGAAUGGCCCAAAAAGAAUACAGUUGCAAAGUUCUCUUCGAUAUUUUUUCCUCACAAUUAUAUUCACAGACUACAAGAAGGGUGGGAAUGUGAAGAGCUAAAAUUAUUUAUUCUGCACUCAAAAAAUCGUGAUUUGGAGAUUCCUAGUUCAUUUUUCCAAAGAUUGAGAGGAAUUAUAACCUUAGAUAUUAAGAAUAUAAUAAUUCCAUCUUUGCCUUCAUCCCUUGAUUAUCUAAACAACCUUUGCACUCUUUCUCUUGAGGAGUGUGAGUUGGAAGAUAUAGCCAUAAUAGGGAAUUUAAUUGGACUAGAAGUUCUUCGGAUAGUGAAUACAGACAUCUCCCAUUUGCCUGAGGAAAUAAAACAAUUGAAUGGUCUGAAGUUGUUGAAUGUCAGUAGAUGUUAUAAUCUUGAAGUGAUUCCACCAAAUGUGAUUUCGUCGUUGACUCGAUUAGAGGAAUUGUCGAUGGAAGAAAGCUUUGUAAACUGGGAGGCUGAAGGAGUUAAUGGUCGAAAUGCUUGCGUUGCUGAGUUGAAAAAAUUGUCUAAGCUGACUAGCUUAAACAUUCACAUUCCGAAUUCUCAUAUUAUGCCAAAUGACUUGUUCUCAGUCAAGCUAGAAAGAUUUAAAAUAUUAAUAGGAGAUGGCUGGGACUGGGAAUGGUCUAGCAAGUAUGAAACCUCACAAAGGUUGAAACUCAAACUCUCCACAAGCAUUCAUUUGAAGCCUGGUGUUAAGGAAUUGUUGAAGAAAACUGAAGAUCUAUAUCUCGAUGAACUGGGUGGUGUUAAAAGUGUUUCUGAGUUAGAUAGGGAAGGUUUUCCAAGAUUGAGAUGUUUACAUGUCCAAAAGGGUCGCAACUUCCAAUACAUUGUAAACUCAAACACAAGGGUUCCAUGUCUCAUUUUUCCAGGCUUGGAGGUAUUGUCUCUUACAGAAUUGAUUAACCUUGAGAUGAUAUUUCACGGCCAACUUGGAGUACAGUCGUUUAGUAAAUUGAGAAUUGUGAUAGUGAGAAGUUGUGACAUGUUGAAGAACCUUUUCUCAUUCUCUACUGCCAAAUCCCUUUUUCAACUGCAAGAAAUUGAAGUGUAUAACUGUAAAAACAUGGAGGAGAUUUUUUCCUGUGAAAGUGAAAAGGAUGGCAAGUGCGAUGUGAUUGAAUUGACGCAAGUACACUCCCUAUAUCUACAACGUUUACCGCAGAUCAUUAGCUUCUGCUCUGAGGUGAAUAUUAUAAAACAGAAGCUGCAGACAAUGGACCCAUCAGGGUCGUCUCAAAACGUGGAACUUAUGAUGAAGGAUGAGCCCAUCCCACUUCUUAAUGGGAAGAUAGUGUUUCCCAACUUGGAGAAGCUAGUCCUAAUUGCUAUUGGUGCUGAAAAAAUAUGGGACAACAAUCUUCUAGCAAUGCCACGUUGUUUUCAGACAUUGAGAUAUUUGUACGUGAUGAGCUGUAAUAAGUUAAAGUUCUUAUUUCCCGUUGGUGUGGUGACAAGUCUCAUUCAACUCAAAAAACUUUAUGUAAAAGAAUGUGAAUUAAUGGAAGGGAUAAUAGAAGGAGUGACAGGUCAGAUGAUCUUCCCCAAAUUACAUGACCUGGAGCUCGAAGAUCUUCCCAGACUGAAAAGAUUAUGCACAGCAAAUUCUAUUGAAUUUCCAUCCUUGACCGAUAUGUCUAUAAAACUGUGCCCCGAAUUGAAGUCGUUCAUCAUUGAUGAAAAGGAAGUCAGCAAUGAUGACCUCCCACCUCCUCUCUUUGAUGAAAAGGUGGAACUCCCUACCAUUGAAACAUUACACAUCUCAUCCGUUAACCUGAAAAGAAUAUGGCAUAAUGAACUCUCCGUAGAAUCCUUUUGCAAACUAGAUGAUCUUUGGCUGCAUGGUUGUAAAAAUCUAUUGAACAUUUUUCCGUCUCAUAUGCUGACAAGACUCCAGAACCUUCGAGCAUUGGGGAUAACAGAUUGCAAGUCAAUGGAUGCGAUAUUUGAUUUGGAAGGGCCAAAUGCAUUAGAGAUGGAUAUUACAAAGGCCCCUAUAUUCAGAAAACUAAAGUCCAUAAUGAUCAGUGAGUGUCCAAGUCUGAGAUAUAUUUUUCCACUCUCUAUAGGCAGUGGUCUUCAGGAACUUGAGGAGUUACAUAUUGAAAACUGCAGAGCAGUUGAGAAAAUUGUUGCAAUGGAAGGGGUAGAUGCGGAUGUUAGGUUCGAGUUCCCAAAAGUCAUGACUUCCCUGAUACUUGAUUGCAUACCACAACUAAGAAGUUUCUACCCUGGAAUUCAUACAUCAGAAUGGCCGUUGUUAAAGAAAUUGGGAGUUAUUGAAUGUGACAAACUGAAAAUAUUUCCUUCUGAAUCUUCGAAUGUCAAAGAAGGCUCGCAUGAUGAGUAUCUUUUGGAGACCUCAGUUGAGCAACCUCUUUUUUUUCAUGAAAAGGAGAUAUUCCCCAACCUAGAAGAAUUGUCAUUGAGUUGGAAUUACACGAUGAAGGAGAUGUGGCAUGGAGAAUUUCAAUCUGAAAUGUUUUGCAGAUUAAAAUCCCUUAAGGUUAUUGAGUUUCAUGAUGAAACCAUCACUUCUUUUCCACCAGGUUUCUUUAAGAAACUGCCAGAUUUGGACGAACUUGAUGUAAGCUAUUGUGCUUUCAAUGAGAUAUUCCCAAAUGGAGAAGUCAUUGGCGAGGCUGGAGAGCUCUCAACAUUUUGCAGUCUGAAAAUUCUGAGAGUAGGAGACUGUGACAGAUUGAAAAUUCUGUUUCCGUCCUCACUGCUGUCAUUCUGCAAUUUGAUUACACUGGAGAUAUCAUAUUGUAAUGGAUUGACUUACUUAAUGUCUUCCUCGACAGCUAAAAGCAUGACGCAGCUCAAGGUAAUGGAGGUAUAUGAAUGUGAAAUGAUGACGUCCAUUGUAGAAUGUGUAGGGGAAGGUGAGGCAGAGGAUGAUAAUGAUAUUAUUUUCCACCGACUGAAACGACUGAAUAUUACUUAUAUGCAAAACCUUUCAAGCUUCUGUGGCUCAAGGAAACAUGCCUUCAAAUUACCAUCAUUGGAAAAAGUAAUUGUGGAAAGAUGCCCCAAUCUGAAAAUUUUCUGCGAGGGACCACUUUCCACUUUUAAGCUCCGGAGUCUCUAUAUAUCAACAUUAGAUUAUGAAGAGCGCUGGAAUGGCAACCUCAAUACUACCAUACAGACCUUGUAUAAAGAAAGGGUAGAAACGAUGACCAUCAGAAUCCAACGCCAAUUUCGGAGGCACAUUGCUCGUAGGAAUUUUGUUGCAUUGCGGAUGUCUUCCACAGUAAUACAGUCUGUAGUGAGAGGAAAUAUUGCACGUAAAAUUUUUGAAAGCUUAAAAGGAGAUAUUGCUUUGAAUUGAUGUUCACAAGAGCGCCGUACAUGUCAUAUGUAAGAGAUCUGCAAAAUGCAUCAUCAGGCUCCAACAAUGCCUCUCUUUAAGGAUGAAGGUGGCUAAUUAAGCUUUCUGUACGUGUCAGGUGAGGACGUGUGCUGGAAAUCUUUCGUUCUUUCUUUCUUUCUUUUUUCCUUCCAUGAUUACGAGUACGCUCUUGUUGAUUAUAAUCGAAUCCAUGGACUGAAUUCGUUACUUCUGGGACUCCUAAAUUUUAAAGACAGACAGUCAUGUGCUCUGCUUGCAUCUUAUAACAAUUAAAUUUAGAGUGCAAGAAAAAAUUGGAUUUGGCUUGAAUACU